AUGGCCGAUCAGCAAACGUCCAGCACGCGCGGGCUCGGCGAGACGCUCCCAGUGAAAUUGCACCACGAUGUAUACCCAUUCAUCGACCCAACCUCCGCCUUCACAGCACAAGCCCUCAAAAACAAAGUGGUUUUCAUAACCGGCGCCUCACGCGGCAUCGGCCGUACCACGGCUAUAACCUUCGCCAGAGCCGGCGCAUCCCUCGCAAUCUCCGCUCGUUCUUCCUCAGCGCUGGACGAGACGAAGGCGCUGGUACUGAAUGAGGUGCCUGAGGCGAAGGUGGAGAAGUUUGUCGUGGAUGUGACGAAGGCGGAGGAGGUUGAGGGUGCUGUCGAGAAGACGGUCAAGAAAUUCGGGAGAUUGGAUGUGGUCAUCGCGAAUGCGGGGUAUACCAACACUUUCGAUACGCCGAUGGCGGAGCGGCCGUCAGCGGACUGGUGGCGGACGUUCGAGAUAAAUGUCCUUGGCGUGUACAACACCAUCAAGCCAACGGUGAAGCACUUGAAGAAGACCGAGGGGUACAUAGUCGGCAUAAGCUCCGUAGCCGCGCAGUUCCGCUCGCAGAAUGCGAGCGAUUACCUGGUAUCCAAGCACGCGCUCAACAGAUUCAUUGAGCUCGUCGCGAUCGAGAACGCUCCCGUCAAAGCUUUCUCCCUGCACCCAGGAGGCGUAGCCACUGAUCUGUCCCAGAAGAGCGGGCUGGGGGAGUUAGGGUUUCACUUCAUCGAUCCGCCGGAGAUGGCCGCUUCAACGAUGUUGUGGCUUUGCACUGGAAAGGCGAACUGGCUUAAUGGUCGGUACCUGAGUGUGAACUGGGAUUUGGGGCAAGUUGAGAAGGAGUGGAAGGAUAAGAUUUUGGAGAAGGAUUUAUUGGUCAAUAAGCUUGACGUUGUGGGCUCGGCGUAG